GUUAUAAAUAUAUGUUUGAUGACAAACUUGUAACUGUAUGGUCAGCUCCAAACUAUUGCUAUCGUUGUGGUAAUAUAGCUUCCAUAUUGGAAUUUACAUCUACAGACAACAAAGAACCAAAACUUUUCCAUGCAGUCCCUGACUCGGAGAGAGUUAUACCACCUCGAACAACUACACCUUAUUUCUUGUGAUAAAAUAACUACGACCCUCUUCCUUAUUCUUGGCAUGUGACAGGUGGAAGAACAUUCAUAUCAGUCAAGCUGCCAGUUGAAACUUUGUGAUAUUGAAGUUAUUUUAUAAUUUAGAACUGGUGAUUCUUGGCAUUUUGUUUAACUUGUUAAUCAUUGUCUGAUGCAAUUGUGAAGUCUUCGGCAAAUGUGCCUGAAUGUUAUGUGCAAUGAAAAUAAAUUUUCAUGUAAAGUUGGAAUUGGUAUACGUUCGAGAAAUACGUAUGUUGUAAAAGCAGUUAAAAGUUGUUUUUAUUUGGAUAAGAUUGAGGCUAAGAUCAGCAGUAGUAGUAGUGAUAUGUAAGGAUCCAGUAUGUUACUGGAAAACUUCACGUUUGUUACUUCCGCAACUUGAAAUUUCCAUUUAUUAACAUAGUAAGAAAAUUAUUUCAUAAUUUGAACAAGAAAGGUACAAAAAUCACACUGUAAGAUAUUGAUUUUAAUAAAAACAAAAAUUGGAGUAUUAGUGUUUCUGUGCCCUUGUCCAAAUUACCUGUGAGAGAUAAAGUUUUAUGUUAACAUAUGACUUGCCUACAUUUAAUUACAGUAAAACAGCUUAUGUUCUAUGGAAUUUACUGGUUCCUGUUAUUUCGGCUGAUCCUGGUCCCUUCAAUUCCUGUACGUUUUUAAUAUUGAAUAAUCC